UGGCACAUUUUCGGAGCUAGAGAAAGCGGUUCUUCUCUGAGGAGACGACAGAGAUGGGAAGCGGAAUCAGUGCUGAGGACAAAGAACUUGCCAAGAGGUCCAAGGAGCUGGAAAGGAAGCUGCAGGAGGAUGCUGAGAAGGAAGCCAAGACGGUCAAGCUGCUGCUGCUGGGUGCUGGAGAGUCAGGAAAGAGCACCAUCGUCAAACAGAUGAAGAUCAUUCACCAGGAUGGAUACUCUCCAGAAGAAUGCCUAGAGUUCAAAUCUGUCAUCUAUGGGAACGUGUUGCAGUCCAUCCUGGCUAUCGUCAGAGCCAUGGCCACACUAGGCAUUGACUAUGCGGAACCAAGUUGUGCGGAUGCCGGUCGACAGCUCAAUAACCUGGCCGACUCCAUUGAGGAGGGGACCAUGCCCCCUGAGCUGGUGGAGGUCAUCAGGAAGUUGUGGAAGGACAGCGGCAUUCAAGCCUGCUUUGACAGAGCUGCAGAGUUCCAGCUCAAUGACUCGGCAUCUUACUACCUGAACCAGCUGGACCGGAUUACAGACCCUGACUACCUCCCUAGUGAGCAAGAUGUGCUCCGAUCCAGAGUCAAAACCACAGGCAUUAUCGAGACCAAGUUUUCUGUUAAAGAUUUAAAUUUCAGGAUGUUUGACGUGGGAGGGCAGAGAUCAGAGAGAAAGAAAUGGAUCCACUGCUUUGAGGGAGUCACCUGCAUCAUUUUCUGUGCGGCUCUCAGUGCCUAUGACAUGGUGCUGGUGGAAGAUGACGAAGUGAAUCGCAUGCAUGAGUCUUUGCACCUGUUCAACAGCAUCUGUAACCACAAGUUCUUUGCGGCCACCUCCAUCGUCCUCUUCCUCAACAAGAAGGACCUCUUCGAGGAGAAAAUUAAGAAAGUCCACCUCAGUAUUUGUUUUCCAGAGUAUGAUGGGAACAACUCCUAUGAGGAUGCUGGAAAUUAUAUCAAGAGCCAGUUCCUUGACCUCAACAUGAGAAGAGAUGUCAAAGAAAUCUACAGUCACAUGACCUGUGCGACAGACACACAGAAUGUUAAAUUUGUGUUCAAUGCAGUUACAGAUAUUAUCAUCAAAGAAAACCUCAAGGACUGUGGGCUAUUUUAAUGCUCAGUUCCUCGGGUGCACAUUCUACAAGCAGACUUAGAAUCUGAGAGACUUCGUGCAGAAAAUGAGUCAACACGUGCCGGGACAUGACUGAUAAGCCCAUUCUGUUGGAGAUACAGAAGGAACACUUACAAAUGUUUUUCAAGUAGUGUGGCUAAUACAGUUUAAAGAAUGUAAGGCCAAGGAGCCUAAGACCCAGGUCCCAGUACUAGUUCUGCUAGUACUGUAGCAGAACUACAGAGUAGUAGAGUAGAAGCACUUCCAUUUUUCCGAAGCAAAAGUCCCUCAUCUAUACAGUGAAGGUAACUUCCUUACCUACUUUGCAGGACUAUCCUGAAGAGCACAAACCUAACCGAAGAGAAAGCACAUGGAAGCUGCUGUGGACGGCCACAAAAAGCCCAUGAAGGCUGCAACUUCCACACUUGGUUAUUAAGAGUAAAUUAUCUCAAAGUGUAACGGCAAACCUUCUUUACAUUGAGCGAUAA